AUCGAAAGUGUAUCAGAUUUAUGCUAUUUAAUUCGUCAUUAUUGUAGUCAACUUCGUCGUUUUCAACAUGAUAUUAAAAAAUUGGUUCUUCUUGCAUUCUCGGGCUCUAUUGGCAUGACAUUAGUUAUCCUUGGUUGUGCAUUACCACAAUAUGAAGUAUGGUGGCCAUUUUUUGUAGUCUUAUUCUAUGUACUAGCACCAAUUCCAACAAUAAUUGCACGCCGUUAUUCAGAAGAUUCACCAAGUAGUAGUAAUCCGUGUUUAGAGUUGGCCAUAUUUAUUACAAUAGGAUUUGUUGUAUCAUCCUUUGCUCUUCCUAUUGUAUUGGCACGAGCACCUGAUGGAAAUCCAGUCAUACAACCAGGUGCUUGCUAUUUAACUUUAGCAGGAAAUGUUAUUGUUUACUUGACUUUAGUUGGAUUUUUUGUAACUUUCGAACAAGAUGAUGUAGACUAUAAUAUGUGGUGAAGUGAUACUUUAUUGUACUUACAAAACAAGGUUUUCUAUAAGAUCACUGAGAAAAAGAAAGGGAGAAAAAGCAAGCAGCAUCCUGACUGACAGCUAUGUGUUAAUAUUAAAUCAAUAUAAACUUAUUGUACACUAUUUACAUAACAUACAAAAAUCGAUUUUAUUACAACAUAGUUGAUACUGAUCUUUCAUCAACUAGUAUGAUAUUAAUGCACUAAUAUUAGAGAACAUGUUGGUAUAAUACUGCUUGAUGAUCAAAUUAUAAAUUGUCAUAAGAAUCAUAUAUCUUUUUAUUGAUAGAAUUAUCAACAAAUGUAACAAUGCAAAGAUAUAUGAAGUAUAUAUAUAUAUA